GCAGUAGCACUUUUAUAAGAGACUAAGGAAGUGAACCUGCGAUGCCACUGCAAAGCAGCCCUGUGGGAAAGCCCAUUACCUACCCAGCCUCCUGGAGAUUACAAGGAAGAGCACCCUGAGGUGAAACAAAGGAGAGAUGAGGGGGAUGGCAACGAAAGGACUUGGGCUGUUCAUUUUCGGUGCAAUUCUGGUGUCUGCUCAAGCCCUCACUGUGGAAGCACCUGAGAAGCAAAUCCAAGUGGCAAGAGGAAGAAACGCUACCCUGCGCUGUAAUUUUAGAACAAGCGCAGCCAUUGACAGAGGAGACCUGGUUGUCUGGAAGAAAAUCAAUAGCAAGGUUGACGCUGUGACGCGCUACUUCGACGGGCUCGUGCAGUACGGGGAGGGCUACGACCACCGCAUCCAGUUCAGUGGCGACAUUGACAGUGGGGACAUCAGCAUCACCAUUGGUGCUGUCACCAUGGAGGACAACGGCACCUACGUCUGCAGCGUGCGCCUUCGCGACGACCCGCCCCGCGAGUCCGCGCUCCUGGAUCUCUUCGUCCUCGUUGCACCAUCCAAGCCUGAAUGCAAGAUUCUGGGGACACCAGAAUAUGGACAGACAAUCAACCUGACCUGUGCUUCUCAUGAGGGCUCCCCAGCGCCCAAAUACACCUGGAAAAGCUACAGUGUGCAAAAUGAGCCCCGUUUGCUACCAUACACAGAAGGGCAACUAAUAACUCUGAAGAACAUCUCAGCAGACACCUCUGGCUUUUACAUCUGCACUUCAACAAAUAUUGUGGGAACGGAAUUUUGCAACAUGACAGUCAGCGUUGUGCCACCAUCCAUGAACAUAGCUCUGUAUGCUGGCAUCAUUGGGGGAGUUGUUGCUGCCAUUGUGGUGAUUGGGAUCAUUGCCUAUUGCUGCUGCUGCCGGGAGAGCAAGGACACUGACUAUGAGAUGACGGCGCAAGAGGACAGAAACGAACCCUCCAGGCAGAUGCCAACAAGGCAUGAGAGCGUAGGGGAGGAUGUGGAGAAUGAAUGAACGAAGAAACCACUGCCAUCUCCAGGAUCUGCUGAGGCACAGACAUCACUGUAGAAAAGAAAUCAACCCCUCUUUCUUACUGCAAGAAGUUGAAUUAUAAAAUGAAAGCCAAAGACUCUGCCUUCAAGUUCUGGGAGAGAACAUUCUUGCUUCCCUGGAAAUAAGUGCUUGAUGUACAGUGAACAAUAACACACACUCUCAUAGCAGAAAAAUGCAUGUGGAGCACUGCUGCACCCAGUCAUCCAAAAAUAACCAGACUUCCAACUUUCUGAAAAAAGAAACUAUCAGGUCUAUUUGGAGAACAGAGAAACAAAGCUGCUGAUGUAUCUCCAGAUCCAAGAAAGGUUUGAAGGUCACCAAUUGCAUUUCAUCAAGGAAGGGUGGUCUUGUUUACUGAGUCAUGCAAAUGUCACAGCUUCCACCACUGUUCAACACAGGAACUGUUUUUAAGGAGGUUGAAGCAAGAUGAUUUUUAAAGACAUUUUGUUAAAUGUAUUUUUUUGUAUGCAUUAUACAUGCACAUAUAAAUAAAUAUAUGGAAAAAAACCCCAAACAUUCAUGACCAGUGAGUCUCCUAUUUGGGACAACAGUGCAUAAUAAUGUCACAGAUAAGGUAAGAACUUAGAUAGGCAGCUGAUAAGAACUAGAAACACUCCAGCAGCUUAUUUACUGCCAAGACUCUUGAAUUUCUGAGUUCAAGCUCCCAGAGCUCCUAAUUUUCAGUACAUUACUUUUUCCUGCUGAUUGUUGCAUGGGCAAGUCAGAAAGAGUCCAUUGCUCCUGCUGCUUCUGAAAAAAUGACAAUGUGAGAGCAUGUACAUGGCAACUACAUCCUUAAUUAAAAAAAAAGUGGGGGGGGAGUGGAAGGAAAAAGGAAAAAUAACUUUUUUGUUCAAAACUGUAACAAUUUAGUCAGAAGCACUGCAUUUUAUGUGCAAGAUGUGUGCAA